GAUUAUCCACCUUAUUCUCGUUUGUUUAUCUUGUGUGAUAAAUCAUUAAUUGAAGACGACCUGAGAAAUGCUUUCUCGCCAUUUGGGUGUAUACAAGAUGUCUGGGUGGUUCGUGAUCAUGCCAAUAACAACCAAAGUAAAGGAAUGGCGUAUCUUAAAUUUAGCAAGGCAUCAUCGGCUGCUCAAGCGAUCGAAGCAAUGGAUGGUCAAAUUUUAGGCGAUCAUCAGAAAUCACUUAAGUGUAUGAUUGCACAAUCCAAGAAUUCGACGCGAAGAAGUAACUGUAUCGAUGAAUAUGAUCGAGCUCGAUUAUUUGUCGUCUGCCCUAGGGAUUAUACGGAAGAAGAUUUGAAAGAGAAAUUCGUUGAAUUUGGCUCUAUCGACUACUGCCAAAUUGUCAAAGAUCAUACAACGAAGAAAAGUAAAGGAUUAGGCUAUGUCAAAUUUAAUAAAGCUUCGGCAGCUGCUAUUGCCCUCGAGAAUUGUGACGCAAGUUUUAGAGCAGUAUUAGCUGAGCCUAAAUCCACUAAAUUACCUCAAUCUUACGGUGCUAAUACAUCAGCUAUAGCGCAAAAGACGAUUGAAAACCUGAUGCUGGAUAGCGUAAAAGCCAAUGGAAAUCGAGGCAGUACCAAAAAUGGCCUACGACUAUUUGUGAUUGUUUCAACCAAGGUUACUCAGGAACAAUUGCAUCGUUUAUUUGAUAUUAUACCUGGCAUGUUAUCAUGUAAAAUUAAAUUGAAUCGUCAAACUGGAGGGUCCAAAGGAUUUGGAUACGUAACUUAUUGCUCACUAGCUAUGGCUGCUUAUGCAAGAGAAAAAUUAAACGGUAUCGAGUAUCCUAUAGGUAAUAAACUUAUCGUCAAA